AUGAAGAACGUACUGUCACUGUGUCACCGCGGAAGUGAUCGUGUCACUCCGUGGGGAGGUGAGGCCACAGCAUCCCCCGUGUUUAUCUCUGUGUCUGACCUUCUCUCCCACACACGUCGUGGUCCGUGUGCCCGUCACCUUGAGGUCGCCAUCCUGUCUGAGAGGCAGGCUCUGAAAGGGGAGCGGGAGCAGCGGGGCUGGAAAGCGCUCCCAUCCCGAGACGAGUAUAGAACUCAUGCGUCCACUACUUCUGAAUGCAAAUACAGCAUAGAAGACAACAGAAUGGCUUCCACACAGAGCAAUCCCAGAGUCAUAGCAGCUUUGGGGGCAAAAGACUUCCUCAACGACCUUGGAUGCAAACUCGUUUUCUAUGUUCGCAGGGUGGGCAGGGGUGUCUCUAUGGGCAGCACCUGCCUGCGAAGUGUCUUCCAGGCCCUCACGCUCAGCUCCAGGAGCUCCAGCGACGCUCUCUGUGUCGGGCUCAUGCUCUGCGCCAGCGGCUCCAUGGUUUCCACCCUACACGGGCACAAGCGGCAGGUCAGACACCUGCGUGAGACCAACGUGUCCUGCCCAUCCUCACCUGCAACCAGAGCCACCCACGGAGUCCUCGUCCUGGCACCCCACCAGAGGACUCCAGAACGCAGGGGCCGGGGCCUGACUGUCCGCUGUGCGCUCUGGAUACCUCCUUCCCGCCUUGACAACGUCACGCGCCCGUCAGCCUAUCUGCUUGCUGCAUCACCUCGGAUAUUUCCGUCCUUGACAGACUCAGGUCUCCUCUGUGGAUGCAGGUCCAGGUCUACAGAUGUGAUUCUCAGGCACCUGACUGUGGCCAACUUCUUGUACAUUCUGUGCAGGGGAAUCCCAGAGACCAUGGCAGCUCUUGGGAUGGAAGACUUCCUCAAUAAUGUUGGAUGCAAACUAGUUUUCUAUCUUCAAGCAGUAGGAAAGGGUAUGUCCUUCAGCACCACCUGCCUGCUGAGUGUCUUCCAGGCCAUCACCAUCAGCCCCAGGAGCUCCAGGUGGGCAGAGCUGAAAGUGAAAGCCCUAAACUGCAUCGGACCCUGUACCAUCAUUUGCUGGGUCCUGCACAUGCUGCUAAACAUCAGAAUUCCUAUAUUGGUGAGUGACAAAAAGAGCAACAAAAACGUCACAAACAUUAUAGAUUUUCAGUACUGUUUAAUUAUGAGUCCUGACAAAGACACAAACUCCAUUUUUGCAGCCUUGUCAUUAUCACACGACAUUUUGUGUUUGAAACUUAUGAUCUGGAGCAGUGGCUCCAUGGUUUUCAUUCUGUACAGGCACAAGCACCAAACUCAGCAUAUUCACAGACACAACAUCUCACCAAGAUCUUCCGCUGAGACAAGAGCUUCUCAAAGCAUCCUCACGCUGGUCUGUACCUUUGUGUCCUUCUAUGCCCUGUCUUCAGUCAUUUAUGUCUGGUUUUCUCUUUAUGACAGAGCUGCUUGGUGGCUGGUUAAAACUUCUACCUUAACCAGUGCUUGUUUCCCUGCUGCUAGUCCCUUCAUUCUCAUGGCCCGUGAACAGUGUGCGUGCAGGCCCCUGUGGAGGAAGUGA